AUGCGUCUGGACGUUAAACGGCAGCUCUUUGCCCGUUCGGAGCGGGUAAAGGGCAUCGAUUUCCACAGUACCGAACCAUGGAUUCUAACCACCCUUUACAAUGGCCACGCACACAUCUGGUCCUACGAAACCCAGUCCAUAAUCAAGACCUUUGAGCUCACCGAUGUCCCCGUACGCGCCGGAAGAUUCAUCGAGAGGAAAAACUGGAUAGUAUGCGGCAGCGACGAUUUUCAACUGAGAGUGGUGAAUUGGAACACGAGCGAGAAGGUCAAGUCGUUCGAGGCGCACCCUGAUUACAUCCGUGCCAUUGUGGUACAUCCUGUGCUCAAUGUCGUCCUUACCGCUUCAGAUGAUAUGACGAUACGAAUGUUCGACUGGGAAAAAGAUUGGCGGUGUGUACGCGAAUUUGUGGGACAUCAGCACUAUGUGAUGGGAUUGUCUAUUAACCCCAAGGAUACCAACGUCUUUGCAUCAGCUUGCUUGGACCGAACUAUCAAGAUUUGGAGCAUCGACAAUGCCACGGCCAAGCAGACAAUCGAAGCCCACGAAAAGGGGGUCAAUCACAUCGACUACUACCCGCACAAUGACAAGCCUUAUCUCCUGAGCACGUCGGAUGACAAGACCGUCAAGGUGUGGGACUACACCACCAAGGCUCUGAUCGCCACUCUAGAAGGUCAUACCAGCAAUGUCAGCUUCGCAUGCUAUCACCCAGAGCUACCCGUCAUCAUAUCUGGCUCGGAAGACGGGACCAUCAAGAUAUGGCACGCCAACACAUAUCGACUGGAGCAAUCGCUCAACUACGGUCUUGAGAGAGCAUGGUGUGUGGCUUAUCAAAGAGGCAAACAAGGAGUUGCCAUGGGCUUUGAUGAUGGCGCUGUUGUGGUCAAAAUGGGCCGAGAAGAGCCAGCUGUCUCGAUGGACAACACAGGAAAGCUGGUGUGGGCACGCCAUAACGAGGUCGUCUCUGCAAUCAUCAAAGGCGCAGAUGCGAGCAUCAAGGAUGGUGCACCCAUUGCCCUUCCAACCAAGGAGAUGGGUACCACAGAAAUCUACCCGACAACUCUAUCACAUUCGCCGAAUGGCAGAUUUGUCAGUGUUUGUGGAGAUGGAGAGUUCAUCAUUUACACUGCUUUGGCAUGGAGAAAUCAAGCCUUUGGUCCAGCACUUGACUUUGCAUGGGCAUCCCAUCAAAACCCGACAGACUAUGCCAUCCGUGAAUCCGGCACCAGCGUGAAACUGUUCAAAAAACUCAAAGAGAGCGGAAGUCUUGAUGUCGGCUUCCAAGCCGAAGGUCUCUCUGGCGGCUCAUUGCUGGGUGUGAAAGGUCAAGGCGGAAUAGGAUUGUUUGACUGGGAGACGGGAAGCCUAGUUCGAAGGAUUGAAGUCGAGCCUAGAGAGGUUUACUGGAGCGAAUCGGGCGAACUUGUUGCCCUAGCCUGCGCGGAUACAACGUACAUCCUCCGCUUUGACCGGGAAGCGUACCUUGAAGGCGUCAACAAUGGCGAAGCGGAUGAGGAUGGUGUUGAGGCCGCGUUCUCCGUCGUCACCGAUCUGCAGGAAUCCGUUAGGAGCGGCGAAUGGGUUGGCGAUGCGUUCCUCUUCACCACAGCGACCCGUCUCAGCUACUUGCUGGGCGAGCAGGUUGUCCACAUUGCCCAAUUCGACCAACCGAUGUAUUUGCUCCGUUACCUCCAGAGAGAUGAACGGGUGUACCUCUGCGACAAAGAUGUCAACGUCGUGAGCUACCGAUUAUCGACAGCCUUGCUCUCAUAUCAAACCCUCGUAUUGAGAGGCGAGAUUGAAGCGGCACAGGAGCUGCUCCCCGAGAUCCCUGCGGACCAGAUGAACAAAAUUGCCAGGUUUCUCGAAGCACAGGGUCAUAAGGAACUUGCCCUUGAGGUUGCCACUGAUCCUGAGCAUCGUUUCGAGCUUGCGUUGGGAUUGAACAACCUUGCCGUGGCCCUUGAGCUCGCCCGCGAGGCUGAUAUGCAGGCCAAAUGGUCGGCAGUUGCGGACAAAGCGCUCGAGGCUUGGGAUGUGAAACUUGCCGAAGAAUGCUUCCUCAACGCUAAAGAUCUUGGCAGCUUGCUUUUGCUUUACACAAGCUCAAGCAACAAGGAAGGACUGGCCAAGCUAGCUCGACAGGCCGAAGAAAUGGGUAGCAACAACAUUGCUUUCGCCAGUUGGUGGUCCACCGGCGACAUCUCUGCUGCCAUUGAUCUACUCAAGCGCACUGGCCGCAUCAGCGAGGCCGUCCUGUUCAGCCAGACGUACAAGCCCUCGAAAACACAGGAGCUGGUCCGUGAAUGGAAGGAAUACCUGGAUAAACAAGGCAAGGGUAAAGUCAGUCGCUUGCUCGGUGUGCCAGGAGAAGAUGAGGACUUGUUCCCUGAAUGGGACGAGUAUAUCAAGCUUGAGGAGGAAGGUGGCGCAAAAGCCCCUGCGACAGCGGACUUGGUCGACGUUGAUGGCGAUGAUGCACCCACGACAAAUGGCGCGGCCAAGACAGACGGCGAAUCGCCUGAAGAUCCAGUCGAGGAGGCUGAGGCUGAGGUCGAGGCAGAAGGAGAGAAAGAAGCAUGA